CGCGCAGCCAAUGAGCGCUCUGCACUGAUUUUCCGGUGGGCGGUCUCUGACGUCACCGUCUAGCGGUGCAUAGAGAGGAAAGAGGAGAAUUCCCUCUUAAAGAGACAUCCCCGUUAUUGGCUGGGUCCCCGGUAUCGGCCGGUGUGCGGAGGAGGAUGGUGUGCGGCGGCUUCACCUGCUCAAAGAACGCGCUAUGUGCGCUCAACGUGGUGUACAUGCUGGUGGGCCUCUUGUUGAUUGGAGUGGCAGCAUGGGGUAAGGGCUUUGGAAUCGUGUCCAGUCUCCACAUUAUCGGGGGAGUCAUCGCGAUUGGGGUUUUCCUUCUUUUCAUUGCCAUCAUUGGAUUGAUUGGAGCGGUCAGUCACCAUCAAGUGAUGCUGUUUAUCUACAUGGUCGUCUUAAUUCUCAUCUUUAUAUUUCAACUGGUGGUCUCAUGCUCCUGCUUGGCUAUGAAUAGCUCUCAACAGGAGCGUUUUCUGAAUGAAGCAUGGACUAAUAUGGGCAAUGUGACCAGAAGAGAAAUGGAGAAGAAUCUGAACUGUUGUGGGUGGUUGAAUACAACAGACAAGAGUGUACAGUUUAGAGGGGAGUUCUUACUUUGCACCGCGGAUUGUAAAAGUAAAAAUAAAUGUGAGCCGUGCGGAGAGAAAAUGUUGAACCAUGCUGGUGAAGCCCUGAAAAUCCUUGGGGGUGUAGGACUCUUCUUCAGCUUUACAGAGAUACUCGGUGUAUGGCUUGCAUUCAGAUACAGGAACCAGAAAGACCCUCGAGCAAAUCCCAGUGCAUUUCUAUAGUAUUAUAGAAGCUUCAGCGGCAACCCUUCAAUCAUGUAUUUAAUUUCACAGUUUCAGUCCUGUCUCUUAGCUGAUCAUUUCUAACCCUACAACACAGUGUUACUCUUAGUGAGGAGAAAGGGACAUGUGACAGGGGCAGACGUCAAACCAAGCUUCCCGAUUAUGGGGGCUUUUUUCAGGAAUGCAAUCGGACUACACUUUUAGCAGAUCCUUCAUGUUACAAAUAAAGCCGUUCUUAUGUUUGUGCGUGUGUUUUGGGGUACUGAGCAUCCAAUGGGAAAUCUGUGCAGGGAUAUUUGUUUUGUAGAAAUACUAAUACUUGUCCCUUGGCUCUCCAGUUUUACUUUACCAGUUUCCUUAAGUCUUAAAGGACCUAUCACUUGCCAUGUCUUUUAAAGGGCGGAUUGGAUAAAGGGUAUGUUGAUGUGUACAUAUAUGUAAAAAUACAUGCCAGUCAUCCUUGAAAUGAUGUUUUUUUUUUAUGCUCAUGGCAACGUAGAUUUAAAAAAAAAAAAAUCAACUUUAGCACCGAAACAUUAGUGAAAGUAUUGUAUGGCAAUAUUUUACAUAAAGAUCUGGAUAUUCUGAUACAGAAGAACUAUUGACUGUACAGGAAGGCUUUAAGAAAGCAACAUCAUCGUCAUCAAGUAUUUCAUUAAAAAAAAUGAUUAUAAUAAUUCUUAAAUAAUUUACAGAACACGUUAGGUUAAUGUCCCUUAAAAAUAGUGAAGCUUUGCUUUCUAGCAACACACAGGAGUGUAAUGUACAAGCAUCGUGCAUGCCUUCCCAUUCUGGUGUAUAGCCACACUUCCCAGCUCAAGCAAAAUCUAGUUAAAGGGGUACUCAACUGCCCCAGCGUUCAGAACAUUCUGUUCUGAAUACUGGGUGCGGGCUUCGAGAUGACACAGCCACGCCUCUUGUGAAGUCACGCCCCCUCAAUGCAAGUCUAUGGGAGGGGGUGAGGCAGAUGCCACGCCCCCUCCCAUAGACUUACAUUGAAUGGGCGUGGCAUGAUUUCAUGAGAAGCGUGGCCGUGACAUCUCAACGGCCGCACCCAGCGUUCAGAACAGAAUGUUCCAAACGCUGGGGCAGCAGAGAACCCCUUUAAAUGUCAUUGUAGCCUAUGCUUUGAAGCCAACAAUGGUGGGUCAUGCCCAGAAUAGACUCACUGCUUCAUUGUUAUAUUUCUUAUGUAUUCUAUACAUCCUUCAGCACGUCCCACUCCAUAAAUGAGCCGAGUAGUGUAAAUGUAAACUGGCGGUUUUAUGGAGGUGGACACUCCAUGUAUAUAACAUGGUGGCUCAUCCAACUGGAGAUAAAUUCUGGGUCAUCAAAUAUUUUCCUUUUUGAUCCUUCCUUGCUUGUGUAGGCAGCUAGUAACCGGGAAAUGCUGACAGAUCUCAUAGCUGAUGUAAUGGGAUAAAGUUACUGUGUGACAAUUAGCUAAGAAACAAAGAUAAUACAGUACGAGGCUGGCAGGUUACAUUGAGUAUAGUGAUUGGUUUUAGAUGGGAGGAUGCCAGUGUUUGCUUUUAUGCAUUAACAUUUUUUAUACAGUAUAAAUCUACAGAAGCCAGUCUAUGGUCGCUGAAACAUAUAUAACUGCAUCUUCAUUGUAUUUCUAAGACGCUCGCCAGUACAACAAUCACUUCCAAAAUAUAUCUGCUUCUGAAAAUCCAGGUAGUAGACUUUCUAUAGCUGGGUUCAGACAGAAGGGCAGAUAGGAAAGAGGCUACUGAACCUGUACUCUAAGCUUGUCUGUGGAUGUGCCGAAUCAAGCCAAUAUGUCUCUUGGUAGAAGUAACUUGGACCCCGCCUGUGGUUUAAUCCCUGUCCGUUAGGAAACAGCCUGUCCCUGGGGUUCAGUGUUCCCUAAAAUUGGCAUAACAGGACAUGAAAAGCCCUAGCAAACUUCAAAAUGUGGGUUAUUUAUUCAAGUAACUGCUUUAAGAUACAAUAAAGUAUUUUCUCCCUUCAGUAAA